AUGAUGUGGUCUAACUUUUUCAUCCAGGAGGAGGAAAGACGCCGGGCCGACACAGCACGGAGGAGAGCCCGGAGGACUGGCCCGGCCCGUGAGCGCCGUGGCCCCAUCAAGCUGGCCCUGCUGCUGGCUGGCAUGGGCACAGCCCUGGCGGUACUGGCCGUGGGCACCGAGUUCUGGGUGGAGCUGGGCACCAAACGGGGCAAUGGCACGAGUGGGGUGUGUGAAGCUGCCCACCUCGGAUUGUGGCGAGUGUGUGCCAAGAAGCUCUGGUUGGAAGACCUGCCCCCCAACAGGGAGACCUGUGGCCCUGCCGAGUUACCUGGAGAGGCAAACUGCUCUUACUUCCGAUUCUUCACCUCAGGGGAGAACAAUCGAAUCCUGCAGAGGACAACUAAGAAAGAGCUAGGAGUAGCUGCUGCUGUCACUGCCACACUGGCCCUGGUGAUCACAGUCCUAGGCUGCAUCUGUGUCAUCAUGGUGCUCAGCAAAGGGGCCGAGUUCCUGCUCACACAUGCAGCAAUCUUUUUCAGCCUUUCAGGAGUUUUGUUGCUGGUGAGCCUGGAGCUGUUCCGUCGGGGGGUCCGCGAGCUGCUGGCCAGGACUGGGCCAGGCCCAGCCCCUUGGCUGGGUUAUGAGUAUUCCUGGUCGGUGGCCUGCGCCCUCGCAGCCGCUGCCCUUCUGCUCCUGGGGGGAGGCUCCUUCCUGCUCCUGGCCCUGCCCUCCCGCACCUGGGGCAUGUGCUGCCACCAGCAGCCAGGUGACCGUGGAGGUGGAGGUGCGGGAGCUACCUAGCGUAGCCAACUCCCUUCCAAAACGGGUCCCCAACAGAUCCGCUCUGAUCUCCUGCCCAGACACACUCCUUGGAGCUGCUCAGAGAUCCACCCAACCUUAGAGAGUGAUAUCCUCGGACCUUUACUCAUUCUCAGGGACAGCAUAUCCCCUCCUGGCGCCAAAGAGUCGAUCCUUCUGGUUGUCGGCUGACGCCCAGGAAGAGGGCCUUUCGGUUCCAGUGAAUCAACACCGGUUCCCGUUUGGAUCUGCAUCACUUGCCGGAUCACAGAGAGCAGACCUCUUCCUAUACCUGUGUGUCUCUGAGAAAUGGAUUCCUUCCUCUCCCCUGUCCUUCCUCCCCCCCAUCCCACGUCCAAAUGGCCGGGCCUAGAUCCUUUCUGGCUCCAAAGGGCCCUGGGAGGGACUCCCCCGCUCUCUCCCUGGACACGGGGCUGGGGGAUUCCUUGCUACCCCUGCCCAUCCAUGGGGAGUGGACCCUUUGCCAGUGCCUCCCUGAUAACUUUUCACUUUCUCCCUGUCUUGUGUCCUUUUUCUGAUUCUGGAGACCACUAGCUCCCCUCCAAUGGACCAUGCCCUCUCCCUCCCUUUGUAUAUAUGUUGUGCCAUAUAUCUCUGUGCUAAAUGGGGGAGGGGGUUCUUACAGACGAGGGUCCCUGGGGAGGCAGGUGGGGACCUGAUAUGGGCAGGGAGAGAUCAUAAGGGAUUCUUCUCUUUUGCCCUAACUUAUUUAUUGGGGAAUGUAAUGUGCCUGAAUGGGCAAAGUUGUGGGCUGGGGAUGCUUGGGUUCCCUCUCCACCUUCUACAGCCCAGGAUUAAAUGAUUAGGAA